AUGGCAACUCCUACACUUCGUUUAUCUUUCAAUACUUUUAAAUAUUCACAGAUCUGUGAUCAAGCGAAUCAUCAUUUUCAAUCUUGUUUCAAUAAAAUCAAAAGAUAUACCUGUGGUUCAUUCAUUGCAAUGAAUAAAUAUCCAGAGUCAUUAGGAUCAAUUAAUCAAAUCAUCAUCAUGGAGGAUAGUUUUAUUAAGAAGAUCCCUGGUGAAGAGAUUGAAAGGAAAGCUUAUACAAGUAAGCAUUCAGAUGAAGGACCGGUAACAGGUCAUUUCUAUAUAACAAACUAUCGCAUAUCGUUUAAUCCACAACAAACUAAAAGAGUAGAGGAGAUUGUACACUUGCCAUUGGCUACAGUACACAAAUUUGAAAGAAUAUCAACCAAAAAAGACAAGAUUAUAGAGAUAUCGUGCAAAGAUGCAAGACAAUACAAGUUCUACUUUAGUAGCGAUGACUUGGCCGAAGAGUUUGAAAAGAACUUUACUCGAUUCUAUCCCCUCACCAAUGAAAAGUGUUUUGCAUUCUUUAAUCAACAAAGAUUCCUUGAUACAAAAGGUUGGAAGAUUUAUGAUCCUAUUCAAGAAUUUAAAAGAUUAGGUAUAAUACAAAUUAAUAAUCAACAACCACAACAAAAUAUUAAAACCAAUCAAUGGACAGUAACAAUGAUCAAUUCAGAUUAUGAAUUGUGUGAAACUUAUCCAAAGAUAUUGGCGGUACCAUAUGGAUCAAAUGAAAUAUUGACAAAGGUUGCCAACUUUAGAACGAGUUGUCGAUUGCCUGUACUCAGUUGGAGACACAAGACUAAAAACUCGGUCAUUGAGCGUCAUGCCAAGGCUGCCCCUCAAACACCCUCAUUUUGGUCGUAUGCCGAGGUCAACCGUCUCCAAUACAUCAACCCAUUCUACGUGCCCGAAGACCAAUCCCUCUACCCUGUCACAGACAUUCGUCUCAUUCGGCUGUGGGAGGGGUUCUUUUGUCGUGGCGCCAGCGGCAGUCUCAUUAGCAACGAGCGAAACGAAGCUGUCGUCGAGUACCACCUUCGCAACCAAAAGGCCAUAAAGUCGCUCUCCAACGACCUCAAAAAACUAUCAGAGGAAAAGAUCAUAUCCGAUCAACGAAACUCUGAUCACCUCAAAGAGAUGGAGCGUAUUCACAAAACCAUCGAAGAUUUAAAUCAUCGCAUCGAAAUUAAAACACAUAUUUGUGAUUCUCGGGAAUUGGAACUUUUACAAUUAAGAAAAGAAAAGGAUAAAUUAUUGGAUCAAAUUGAAAAAUCAAAACAUAGAAAAGAAAAUGGACAAGAUGGACAAGAUGAAAAAUAUGGAGAAGAUUUAAAUCUUGAAAGUAAUGAUGAUGAUAAAAAUAUAAUAGAUUAUAGUUUAAAAUCUAUGCAAAAAAAGAUUACUGGAUUAGAAUAUGAACAAUCGAUUUUAAAACAUUCACAAAAUAAUCUAAAGAGUGAUAAUGAUAAAUUACAACAAACCAUUAUCGAACUAGAGUACAAGUUGCGUGACAAGGACCGAGUGAUUAGUGACUUGAAUAUAAUGGCCCAACACAAAAGAGAAAAGAGUAAAGAUCAGAAAAGAAUGUUGGAUGAAAAACAAAAAUACAUUCAAGAACAGGAAAAGGUUACACUUGUCAUUAGAGAACAAAGAGAUAAAUUGGAAACAUCAUUACAAGAAUUAAAAUUAACCAUCUCUAAUAAUAGUGGUAGCAAUAGUGGUAGUAAUAGUAAUAAUAGUAGUAAUAAUAAUUCAGGUAGUAAUAUAGGUAUUAAUCAGCUACCAACGACAACAACAACGACAACAACAGCAAUAACAAUUUCACAAACUAUGAGUCAAAACAAUAGUCCAACAAAUACUUUGAAUGGAGAUCCAUCAAGUUUGGAUCAAGACAAUAAUAACAACAAUAGUAAUAGUAAUAGUAAUAGUAAUAAUAGUAAAAGUUCAAUCUUAAACUUUAUUAAAGAUUUUGCCAACAAUCCAUAUAGUAGAACCACCAAUAACACCAAUAACAACAAUAAUAACAAUAACAAUAACAACAACACUGUAAAUAAUAAUCAAAGCAACAACAACAACAACAAUAAUCAAAAUAGUAAUAAUAAUUUAAAUAGUACUAAAAAGGUUAAAGAUCAACAUCCAAAACAUUCAAACAAGCCACAUCACAAUCAUCAUCAAUCACCACCCACUAGCCAAGAUAACCCAAUUUUCAAAAUUCGUGGACUUGCUUUGGGAGGAAGAGAUAUAUCAGAUGUUUCAACCAUUAUUAGACAAAGAUCACUUAGAACAUCUGGAACUCAAAACGAUAGUUUUGAUGAUAGUAAUAAUUUCAAAGCAAUCGAGAUUAUCGAUGAUUAUACUUCUGAUAAAAGACAACAACAACAACCACAAGUGGCUCAACAAACCAAACCAAUCAUUUCACCACCAUCAUCAUCUUCUUUGGACUCAAUUGCAUUGCAAUGUAGUGGAUGUGCCAAGACAUUGACUAAAAAUGAACCACAUUUCAAAAGAAAGAAUGACAAGGUUCAUUGUGAUGCUUGUGAAAAGGAGUAUCAAUCGCUAAAGAUGAGAAACCGGAAAUGUACAAGUUGUGAAAAAAUACUCGAACAAAACGGAACACGAGUCAUUUGUGGACAAUUGUAUUGUCCAACUUGUAUUAGUAAAAUUAUUCAAGGUAUUGAUGAUCUUGGUUUUUAA